AGGGCAUCAUGAUCUCUCUGGUUCUUCACAAGUGGAUGAGUAAUAUUUCACCGGAGAUGCUGCUGUUGGUGCAGAUUUUGUGGUUUUUACCUCUGACUGGAGCGGCUCCUUCUCUGACUAACGAGCAGCUGGACACCGGGGUGGACUGGCUGAGUAAGUUUGGCUACCUCCCGCCUCCUGACCCAGUGACUGGUCAGCUUCAGACCAAGGAGGCCCUGACCAAGGCCAUCAAAGCCAUGCAGAAGUACGGAGGGCUGAAGGAGACUGGAGUCUUAGACCAAGCAACACUGGGACUUAUGACAACACCGAGAUGUUCUUUACCAGAUGUGUCAGAGGCCGAGGUGACAGUGGGCCGCAGGAAACGAAGCCCAACUCCUCAGAACAAAUGGAACAAGAGACAUCUGUCCUGGAGAGUGAGGACCUUCCCUAAGGAUUCGGCCGUACUGGGCAGGGACACUGUCCGAGCCCUGAUGUACUAUGCCCUGAAGGUCUGGAGUGACAUCGCACCUCUAAACUUCCAUGAAGUGGCCGGCAGUGAUGCAGACAUUCAGAUUGACUUCACUAAGGCCGACCACAACGAUGGAUAUCCCUUUGACGGGCCAGGGGGCACCGUGGCACACGCUUUUUUCCCUGGAGAGAGGUUCACAGCUGGAGAUACACACUUUGAUGAUGACGAGGCCUGGACCUUCAGAUCUCCAGACACUCAUGGGAUGGAUCUGUUUGCGGUUGCGGUCCAUGAGUUUGGCCACGCCAUUGGCCUGGUCCACACCUCGGCCAUAGAGUCCAUCAUGAGACCGUACUACCAGGGUCCCGUGGGCGACCCCCUGAAAUACGACCUGCCCUAUGAAGACAAGGUCCGAGUCUGGCAGCUCUACGGGGUCAGAGACUCGGUGUCCCACACAAACCGGCCAGGCAACCCCUCCCAGACGGCUGAACCUCCUGUCCUGCUGGACCUUCCUUUAAACAGAUCCACCCUCCUGCUGGCUCGAGAUGCCCCCGACAGAUGCACCAGUCACUUUGAUGCAGUGGCCCAGAUACGAGGGGAGGCCUUCUUUUUCAAAGGAAAGUACUUCUGGCGACUGACAAGAGAGAAGCACCUGGUGUCUCUGCGUCCCGCCCAGAUCCACCGAUUCUGGAGGGGCCUCCCAACCAAUUUGGACAGCGUGGAUGCUGUAUAUGAGAGGCCUGGGGACCACAAAAUAGUAUUUUUCAAAGGUCUAAAGUACUGGGUAUUUAAAGACAACAUUGUGGAAGAGGGCUACCCUCGUCAAAUCAGUGACUUUGGCCUGCCAUUGGAAGGAGUGGAUGCAGCCUUUGUUUGGUUACACAACGAAAAAACCUACUUCUUCAAGGACAGCCACUACUGGCGCUACGAUGACCACCUGAGACGUAUGGACCUGGGCUACCCUAAAGACAGCACGCUUUGGAAGGGGCUGCCGUCACAACUCGAUGACGCCAUGAGGUGGUCUGAUGGCUCAUCCUAUUUCUUCAAGGGGAAGGAGUACUGGCGAGUGCCGAGCAGCGACAUGGAGGCGGAGGCAGGAUACCCCCGCCUCAUCGCUAAAGACUGGCUGCUGUGCACCGAGAUGCAGUCUGACUCUCCGGACACAGAACCCAAAAGCACGGAGACCAGAGUCAACGUGCACCAUCAGCCAGACCACGCGGAGAACGGGUACGAGGUGUGCUCCUGCACCUCUGACUCCGCCUCCCCUUUAGGCGCCCGCCCCUCCCCAUCUCCACUGUGGCUGCUGCCACCUCUCUGGACGCUCUCGCUGGCCCUCCGCUCAGAACUACUAUGAUGCCAAAGCAUUGGACAAAGUUCAUACUGAUGGCUGAAGGGCCAGUAGCCAGCUCAGUGAAAGCAAAAACUGUAAUUUCUUCUUACAAAAUCUUUGGUUUCCUUUCGUGCUCAUUUUGUUAUUUAUUUGUCAUUUUGGGGGCACUGCCAGCUUAAGUAGUCAUCCUUAUAUAAGUGAUUGUUGUUUUACUGAAUGGUCAAACUGCCUCAUAUGCGGAAGGAAAAAUAUAUAUAUUUCUAUAUAAUAGAAAUAUAUUCCAAAUGCACCAAGCGUAACUAGUCGUCUUAAUGUGCAGCAGGUUUACAGCUGCAAUGCCUCAUAUAAAGACAAGCGAAAGGUAUCCUUGGAUUUAGGCAGGUCCACAAGUGAACAGCAUACCAUCAAACACACACACAUACUGUUGCAUAAUUUAUGAACUUACAGCAGAUGCUUUAUUACAAGGUAAGGCUCACCGAAAUUUGUUCAAAAGCAGUUAAAAAUAUUAUUAGCACUUGUUCAUGAAGCUUUUAUUUCAUUCUGCCCUGUGAAUCGUAUGAAUGAUAAUGAGGUUAAAAAUGACCUCAAAACCUAUUUUCAUACACCUCUAGUAGUAACUAGCCAUGUAGGUGGUUUGAUUAUUAUGUAAUAGUUUCCGCCUCCACCUCAAUACAGCGGAGGUGAAAAGAACUUAUUUGUGCAGCUAAACACACAGAAAAAAUUACAUUUGGAAAAGCUACACAGUGUGUCAUUGCAAAAACAGUCACAGCGUUACUCUGGAUAAUCCACAGAACUCACCUGAUUAUUUUCUCCCUUGAAACUGGUUCCAACGAAAAUAGUUUAUCACUAAGAUGAUUUUCCAGAGUAACAGGGACACUUGAAUUGGAAGUUAUAAAAGUGAUGUUUGUUUACUUUGCUGUGUGCAGCGCUAAUAUCAGUUUGCAAACUUUUUUUUUACUGUGUGGGCCGUAAGGAUAGAUGGAUGUGUAGGUGGAUGGACUCUUUCGACACCUGUUUUCUUCUCUCAUCUUUGCUCUGAAGUGAGGAACUGCUGCUCAUGUAUGUAUUCCAAUGGUUUCAUCAUUUCAACCUCUGGUGAAGAAGCAUUCCAUGCUAAUGGUUUAGUUGUAUCUUUUGUAUCAAAUUCAGUUGAAAUAACCUUCCUGUUUAUUUGACAUUGCUUUGAUCAGGCCAUAGUUUAUAGAUACUUUUUUGGACUGUUGGACGAUUUAUCACCCCUAGCUCCUUCUGAAUAAGUCACAACUUGGUCCCUGAAUUUAUUCUUGUUGUAAAGAUAUAUUUACCGAUAGACUGAUAUAUUUGAGUUGAAGGGUUAUGCACUGCAUAACCAAGUGGACUGUGUAUAUUUUA